CGCCUUGGUUACUUAUUUCCAAUGAGACGUGUGUGAAUCUGAUAGCAGGCAUCCAUCUUUGAUUUGUUUCUCUUGAAUGUGCCGGGUUUAGAUUGAUCGGAAUACCUUCAGGAACCUGUCUGAUGAUUCGGAAGUUUGGGUUUUUGUGUGUCACCAUUCUGUCACUGAACGCCGAUAAAAUUAAAGAAUUUUGGAUGCAGUUUUUUCUUCUUCUGAUCAAUACAUGUUUCUCUUUCAGGUUUGUAAACUCUAUCAAUAAUUGAUAAAGAACUGGGGAUGACCUCAGUUACGGUGGACAUUGUGGACACGGAGAACAAUCUCGGGGAAUAUUCUCAGGGCAGCAGUAUGCAGCAGAGUCAGACGAUAGACAUAGAAGUGGCGAGAAACGAAAACGAGACUCCUGGUGUAGCAGCGGAUGUGUUUAUCCUGAUGGGCAAAGGUAUAGAAGAUGACUUGGAUGAUGAUGAUGAUGAUGAUGAAGAUGAUGAUGAUGAAGAGCCACCUCACGAUAGAUUUAUCCUGGAGGAGACCCAAGACCCCGCCUUUAAUUUUCCCAACUCUAAGUCAGGGAGAGCGCGCUACAUGGUGGGCAGGGUAAUGGAUCACAUUGCCUUUCACGUGUUUACGAUUCUCCUGAUUCUGGUGGACAUUUCCAUCGUGGUGACAGAUCUGGUAGCUGGCUCAGCGGCGCACCAUCAUGCAGAGCUAGAGCUCUGCAGCCGCAUUAUCAUAACCUACUUCACAGUAGAAAUCAUGUUUAGGAUCUUUUACAAAGGAGAUUACUUUUUCCGUCACUGGGCUGAUAUCCUAGAUAUGAUUAUUGUAUUCGUCACUUUCAUCAUUGAUUAUACACUCAGCGGCUACGGAAGGUUGGGCGUGAUUGGACGAGGAGUGCGAAUCAUUAGAGGAAUUCGUGGUAUAUACAUCAUGUUUUCUCAGUAUCGACAAUUUAAGAAGGCUACAAGGCGGGUCGUGUCCCAAAACAAAAGGAGAUACAAGAAGGAGGGAUUUGACCUUGACCUGUGUUACAUCACAGAGCGAGUGAUUGCUAUGUCUUUCCCAUCAACGGGCAUGCGAUCUUUGUACAGAAAUCCAAUCAAAGUGGGGAAGUUUUUGGAUAAGAAGCAUUCUGACCAUUACAAAGUCUACGACUUGUGUAGUGAAUUGACGUACGACCGAAAUGUCUUUCAUAACAGAGUGGAGAAAGUUCUAGUGGAUGACCAUAAUGUUCCACGCCUGAAGGACAUGAUCAACUUUUGCUCAGACAUCAAGGAGUGGUUGAAGGCAAAUGAAAACAACAUUAUCGCUGUCCAUUGUAAAGGAGGAAAGGGCCGAACAGGGACCAUGAUUUGUACGUGGCUCAUCCACAACGAGCUGUUUGAACAAGCUCAGGAAAGCCUGAGCUACUUUGGAGAGCGACGCACAGACAGACACAAAGGAAGCAUGUUCCAGGGAGUUGAGACCCCCAGUCAGAGUCGGUAUGUUGAGUAUUACGAAAAAGUGAAGUGGGAUCUUGGUGGAAAUCUCCCUCCCAUUCGGAAACUUCGAAUCUCCUCAAUUCGAAUCACAGCCAUUAAAGGUGUGGGUAAAGGUGAUGGGUCAGACCUGAGUCUUCAGGUGUGGCUGGGAAGCAAACGUAGUGGAGAAUGGGCAUUCCGUAACCCAGAUCAUGUUCAGUUGACACAUUCCAAGGAGGAAGAUUACAUCGACGUCUCUCUCCUUCAGUGUCCCGCUUUGGUGGAAGAUGUCAAGUGUCGUUUUAUAUCCACAUCUAAAAACAUUCCCAAGGUGUAUGAUAAAUGUGCGUUCUACUUCUGGUUUCAUACGGCCUUCAUUGAGAAAAACAGGUUAUACUUGACUCGAGAUGAGGUGGACAAUCCACAUAAAAAACGAGCACAAAAGGUCUUCAAGGAAUCCUUCAGCAUCACUGUUACGUUCAAAGGGAAAUAGCACGAUGUAAGACGAUCAUGUGAUCUCGCCUGUCCAAUCACAGACGUUGGUUUACUGUGAUUCACAGGAUUUUUAUACACACUUUUAACAAAAUGGCAGCUUCAUGUUUGUGAGAUCUUAAUUGAAUUUCAAACAUCACCGAAUUGUACAAGGGGAGAUUGAUUACUUUUACUUAUGAAUAUAUUGAGAUGACGUAUUUUAGAAUAAUUGUGUGCACAUUGAAAUGUUUAAUUUGACUCUUUCUACUGAUACUUACAGUGUUUGUGAAGUCUACGUAUUUGGGGGGGGGGGGGGGGGGGGGGGGGGAGUAAUCUUCCAUACUCCAUCCUCUUCUCCCAUCCAAUGCCUAACUCACCAAUAUGCUUAAAUGCUUGGAUUGUGAAAUUUAUCAUCCACCUUCCCCCUUUCUCCUGCACAAUUACUGGUUUUUUUUCCUGUAACAUUUUGAAAUGUCUAUCAUCCCACAUAUUUUUUGAGAUUUUAAUGAAUAGUCAAAUAGGGUUGUCCAGAGUGUGUUUAAUAUACACAUACAUAUUACAUAAUUCAAUAUAUUUGUAAUACAUGUAAUUCCUGCACAAAUUAUUAAAUUUUAUUGUAGUUUUUAUAUCACAACUUGUUUUCUUAAUAAAGCAAUGAUAAUAAAAAAAA